CAAGUUCACUAUAUUGACAUGUCCGCGUCUGAUCACACAUAUACGAUACGAGAGUUGAGUACGACACCAACGUCUGAUCAUAAGCAGACACCCACUCCUGUAAAACUCAUCACAUUCGGACUCCUUGCGAUGCUGGCGCUCCAGUGUAGAGAAGAGAUAUAUCAUAGGGUGUGGCCUGGGGUUAAGCAACAACAUGAUAGGAAGAAGAAGAAGAUUUCGUUCGAUAAGCACCGUGUGCUAACGAAGGGCAAGAAUUACCAUGCACAGGCUAGCGAUAGUGCUCUGAGCGAAGAGCUCCUCCACGCAUACAAGGUGAGAGACUGUGAUGCAGCACUAUUACUACUAAAGAGUCUACGAGGGAAGCAGAAUCCAGGCACUAUAGCAAGGUUACUCAAGCCAUGGGGCCAGGUGGACCCUGAGUGGGUAGUAGCACUUACUCUUGCUGCCCAGGGACAGGUACGACACCUUGUUAAUGUGAUGAUGUGUAGCAUCGAUACUACUGUCUUACCAGGCUCUCUACAUCUCAGGAGGCAGGCCGCUUCUGCUGUGCUACAAGGUUGUGUACCAGUAGGCAGAGAUUUACGGACAUGGCUUCAAUAUUUCAAGUUGAGAGACACUCAACAAUCGUAUGAGCAUGAUAGCAGCAGUGGUGACAGCGAGGAACUCUUGGAGCCUCUCCUAGAGGAUGAGAUACUCGAGGCGUGGAUAUUGGGUAUGAUGAUGAGCCAUGAUAAGGCUAAGGCCAGGGAGGCGGCAUUAGCUCUAUCAAUCCUCCAGCUUGGAGAUAAGUGGAUACCAGAGGAACAGCUGCACGACUUCAUGAGCCGUCUAUUGGGACAAGGUCGAACUGAUGAUCUACCCCGUCUCUUCAAAGGGGACAAGUUCCCUAAGAUCCAACGCCUUGUCAUCGAGGGCAUGGAACAGCGUGGUCUCAUAAAACAAGCCGUUAAAGCGAUGCUGGCAUUCGGUAUGUCCGAAGAGGACUUCCCCACAGUAGCCGAAGCACACUAUCGUAAAAGGAUAAGAUGGUGUAUCUCUAGCGGAGACGUUGAUCUAGAAUCAUAUAUUGGCACUGCAGAACUAAGGGGUCGUCCCUCCCUACAGCAAUUCUGGUGUGAACAGCUCAUCGACGUUGGCCACACCUGGUUGGCAAUAGCAUUCUAUCGAUCCUUCCCUCAUGAUGAUGUCAAGCAGUGGGAGGAUGGUAUGGGCAGUAUCAAGGAACAGAUAGAAGAACUCGAGAAAGAUGCUCCUCAGUUGGAAGCUCAGUAUGAUGCUGAGAAUAGCAAGUUCUUUCAAAGAGAGGAGGAGAAUCAUCUAUCUCUCAUGGAUGUCCUGGGAGGCCGUGGAGUCCGCGAUGUACACCUUAUCACAACUGUUAGUGAACUUAAACAGCUCAUUAGCGAGUGGGAGGCCGAACGAACCAUCAUCGGCCUGGAUUCUGAGUGGUCCAUUUUCCGUUUGGUAUUGGAUCCUGGAUGUAACCAAGCUGACCUCGUCCAACUCGCUACCUCGGACAAUGUGUAUCUUGUGGAUAUCUAUGCUGGGGAGGAGGGUCUAAUCGAUGAGAUUGGACGCCUGGUUGAAUCGAAUAAUAUAAUAGUGGUGGGGUUUGGGAUAGCUGGUGACCUACGAGUGCUGAGGAGCUCGGGCAUGGAGGGCACAAGGGGUGGGGUAUCAUCACCUCACCGGAUAGUAGACCUCAAUGAUCUAGUCGAUGGUUAUCUACCAUCUCGUAAGGGUUCUAGUAAGCAUCAGAGAGGCCUAACAGAAGUCGUGAAGUACUUCUUGGGGAAGCCACUAUCCAAAGUUAUGCGUUUGAGCAACUGGCGUAGAAGGCCUCUCUCCUAUCGGCAAGUCGAGUAUGCAUCACUAGAUGCUAUUGUACUGCUAAAGUGUAUUGAGAAAAUCCAGAGCAGCAUCGAUCCAAGUCUAGAUUUGUGGAAUACCGACGCUGCACCAAAGCGACGCCAUGUCCCAGCAAACAAUAUCCCCACAUUAGGAGUGUCCAGAGUGUCGGAUGGCGCUGCUGAGGAAUCCGAUACAACUGAGGAGGAGGAUCUUCUCCUCUCGGACAACUCUCCGUCACCGCGAAGGAAUGCCACCAUGGAUGAUGCCCGCUCAUCUACUUAUCGCAAUACUGCUGAGGCUGGAAAUUCGAGGAACCCAACGCCUGGCGAGACAAGAGAGGAAGGAGAGUACGACAAGGAAGAGAUUGAUUGGUCAUUAUACUUUAAUGGUGAGGAGCCGAAGCUCGUAUGCCCUGGUGGUAUGGGCAGAUUAGUACGUAAAUUACGUGGUCUGGGUGUGGAUACACUCGAGCUAGACUCCUGUGAUCCUGCCACACUCGAAUAUAUAGCUGAGACCCAGCAUCGAGCAGUCGUCGUUAAUUAUCGAACCAAGAUUAGCAAACGCAGAUGGUGUAAUGGGGUUAAAUGCUACGUCUUACCAGAGUCAUGCAGCACAAUGGAUGAACAGCUCAAUGCUGUGAUGCAGGAGUUCAAGGUUGAGGUAGAUCCAGAUUCACUCCUUGGACGAUGUGUUGCCUGCAAUGCGAGGGAUUGGAUAGUUACCACUGACAAGGAUAUGGUGAAGCAUGAGGUUCAACCUAUGACAUUGAAGUUGUAUAAUAAGUUCUAUGUGUGUGGAGGGUGUGGAAAGGUGUACUGGGAGGGUGUGAUGUUCGAGAAGGCCGUCACACACCUUCGCAAGUUCGUCAAUCACGAUCGAUUCGAUCAAUCGGCCUCAGAGAGCGAGAGCAGUGACGAGACUUCUGACGAGCGGACGAGAUGGGCCCGAGCUCUACGUGAUGGUACCAUAGAUUCUACACAAGCUCGUAAACUACAUGACAGAAUGAUUUCUGAAAAGUUGACUGAAGAUAUUGUACAUGAUGAUCGUGAACAGAAGACGCUAGAGUGUAUUGCUGAACGUAACAAGGCAUCGUCAAAUGUUAAUCAUCAUCAUAUUUGUGUUUAUCGAUUGGCUGCGCUAACGUAUUUUGGUACUGUUCUUUACAAACAUUGGAGAUGUGAGUAGUCCUU